UUAGAAAAAGAAAAUUAAAUUGGCAACGCUGCAGUACUAAAAAAUGGAGCUCAUCAAGAAAUAGCUUUUUAAUUUAUAAAUAAUAGUAACAAGUGUCAAAACACGGGCGCUCCCAAAAGACCCAAUAUCCAAAAGAAGCAGAAUAAUUAAUUUUAAUUACUAACAAGUACUAUAUUCUGUGAUAAAUAAUUUGGAAUAUGAUCUAAUUAAAUUUGUUAAAAGUAGCAAGUGAAAGGUGAUAGAAGUUUUUGACAGUGCAUUGUACUGUAAACUCAGUUAUUGUACACAAUAUUAUAUUGAGUGUAAAUAUGUACUUACUAUAAACUUAUUUAAAACAUACGGUUUGUCAAAUUUAAAUUAAGUGGGAUGAAAUGGAAUAUUGCUGCUAGAACAUGGAAAAACAUUUAGAACAAGACCCGUUAAUUCCAGUGUCUUCAGAUGAAUGUGGCCAGAGCGGAGGAGAGGUGGAUAGUGACGAGGACGUCAUCACCGAUUACCAUAUACCGGUGUUGGAUAUGCUGCCUCGACCUGGGGCCGGUGGGCCUCUUCCUACCAUCAGCGUGACGCCUCAUUCACCCGCCAACAAAACUUAUCCGGUGUUGGAGGACAGCUUGCAACAAGUUCGUGAAUUACACGAAAGCGUACAGCACAUGCGCAAUGUCUCCGUACAAAGUUCGUAUGGACCUAACUCGAGAGACUUUGCUGCGUUUGCUCUAAAUCCAUUUUUGGCUCAAGUUGCGAGAUUGAGUGCAAGUUGUCCGGCUCUUAACGAAGCAAUCUCAGAAGUAGACGUUAUUGGCGGUUCAUUGGGGUCUUCUCCUUUACAUCUACCUCCAAGUAGAAAAGGAAGCGCUGCUCAAGAUUGGUUAUGUCAACCAGAACCUCAGAGAAGACGAUCAUGGACGGCCCUAGAAGAUUUAACUGGAAACAAAGACAAAGUCAAGCAGACCCGUCAGAGAAGUAUAUCUUUGAGCAGUAUGGAAUCCGAAGUAGACGAAUCAUCACUGAUAGAUAAUGUGGAUGGCAGUACAGUGAGAUUACUAUUAGGACCAGAAGCGCCGGUCGUGGUUAGGCAUCGUACUUCAAGAGCUACUAACGGCGGAGCUAGUACUCAUUCGUUGAACGAAGCCGAUCUUCAGAGUGAUUUUAAUAAACUGAAAGCUAAAAGAGAAGCCGAACAACGCCUUCUACCGGCUAGAUUACCAUUACAAAAAUCUAUUUCAACGCCAUCUAUUAUCGCUGUAAGAGAUUUAGCGCCAGAACCUGCCCUAGCAGGCGCUCAACCCACUUUACCGAUCUUGAACAGUGUAGUGCAUGUGCUUAGCUUGGUGUCUAGGGGCCGACCCAGUGGAACUGAGAGCGAAACAGAAGAAGAAGGUAGCCGAUUAGGACAUGCCCACUAUGAUCCUCACACGAUUGCACUUUUGCACCACGCUCCUUAUGAAUUACAUGCUGAAAAAAGAAGAAAGCGGGGAAGUUUAUUUUUCAGAAAAAAGAAGGACAAGUCCAAGAAACUGGCACAUCAAUGGGUGACUGGAUGUUUCGGCAAUUCGCAAAUAUGUGACGUUUGCACUAAAUUAUUAAGCAAUAAGCCCGCCCUCUACUGUGAAAGCUGUGGUACUACAGUGCAUCAGAAUACAUGUAAGGACAAUAUUCAAGAAUGUGUUAAGAUAAAAAACGCAAAGAGUACAAGUAAGUUGUCAGGAUUCGCUGCACCGUUGACGAAUGCGAAAAAUUCAAUAUCCAAACGUGGAUCCGCCUCAAUACCUGGUUCUCAAAAUACUCCCGCUAGUCAGAUACUUUACGAUGAUAAGGAUAACAGUUCGCAUGGACAACAUGAUUCCGCCAGUUACCCCGAUGAUGUUCCAAUAGUACCUUUGGAGUUCCUGUCUGAUUCACCAUUAACUGCUGCUGAUUUAUGUUCGGAUUACAGUUUGGGAUUACAUGAACCAGAACCGGAUUCGUGGUCACCUUAUGUUGGCAAAGAUAUAUCCAGGAAAUUGAAAGAAAAAGAAGUCAAACGUCAAGAACAUAUCUACGAAUUCAUAUUAACUGAAAAGCAUCACUGUAUGACACUGUUAGUGAUGCAGAAAAUCUUCGUCGAAGGAUUACAUAAAUAUUUUCAAUUAGGACCGAAUUUGGAAAGAAUGUUCCCGAGGCUAAUUGAUUUGACUGAAUUACAUUUAGGAUUCUUAGCGAGACUAAGACAGAGACAACGAGAAUGUCCCGUCGUUUCUUCCAUUGCUGAUAUUUUAUUGGAAACGUUUUCUAAUAAUCACGCUGCAAAACUGAAAUCAGCCUAUGGUGAAUUUUGCAGUCGGCAUAGGGAUGCAGUGGAGAUCUACAAGUAUUACAUGCAAAACGAUCAGAGGUUCGGAGAAUUCGUGAGACACUGUCAAACAAAUCCUCUUUUGAAGAAGAAGGGAAUCCCGGAAUGUAUAUUAUUCGUGACACAACGUUUAACCAAAUAUCCCCUCUUAAUAGAACCGCUGAUAAAAACCAGCAAAGAAAAUAAACCGGAACAAGAAUCUCUACAGAAAGCUUUGGCUUUAGUCAAAGAAAUUUUAGUCGAAGUCGACGCUCAAGUAGCCGAAAAAGAAAAAGAAGAUCGGAAAUUGGAAAUUUAUAAUAGGAUAGACGCCAAAUCUAAUACAGUAUACAGAGGACAAAAGUUUAAAAAAUCUGAUAUUUUACAAGGAAAUAGGUCUCUUAAGUUCGAAGGUGUAGCAAUGUUGAUGCAAGGCAGAGGAAAGAUGCAAGUUGUUUUGGUUAUCGUUCUUUCUGACGUUUUAUUUUUCUUGCAAGAGAACUCGCAUAAAUAUACGUUUUUUACUCCAGUAAGUAAAACUGGUGUGGUGUCGUUGCAAAAAUUAUUAGUGAGAGAAAUCGCCGGACAAGAUUCAAGAGGUAUAUAUUUAAUUUCUUCUGAUCCGGCUGAUCCAGAAAUGUUUGAACUCAAAGUACACAAACCGAAAGACAAACAAGUGUGGAUACAAGCAAUAAGAGAGGCAGUACAGUCUUGUCCUGAAGAUGAAGAAGAUACGAUAGCUUUGAGCACGGAAGAAAAACAAACUCUUAUGAAUGCCAAACAAAAUCAAGUGCGUCAAUUAAUCGAAGCAGAAUCGGACCUCGAAGGCCAACUGCGACAGAAGGAUAUAGAACAAGCAUUAUUACUGGAAGAAAAGAUGUCACUUCAGUUGAAACUUUUGGCAGCUGCAGGAUUAGAACCACCCUCACCUCCUUCAUACCGACAUCUUGUGAGCGAAAAUGCUGAUACUGGUCAAAUGUGGAAGGAAGUUUUAAUGGCAGUACAAGAAGUGAGUCAGUUAGCGAGCUCAUUAUAUACGACAGGUACCAAUCUUUCGAGAAGUGUUAGCUCAGCUGGCGAACACCAAAGUGAGACUUACGUCUCUCCCAUACUGCCGAAAAGAGCAGAAACCUUCGGUGGCUUCGAUAACAACCAGGGUCCUUUUAAACUAUUAGGAAAGAAACUUUCAACUUCCGGAACACCGGCCGGUACUCCGGACUUUGAAAAUUUAAAACCUGGUGACUCAAGACUAUUUGAACGGUUGCCUUAUAGAAAUUGUGUGAUAACAGGAGGGCCUUUAAUUAAUGGCAAUAUUAUAAAUGUAAAUAGUGAAUCUCCUCAUCUAUCUCAACAUCCGGCGUCAGCUCCUGAUGGUCCUGCCUUAUUAUCGCUCGGAAGAGAACAACAGUUAGCAGCUAUUCAACUAUCACAUUACGUAUACACUUUACUUUGUAUUAUAUCUCAGUUAAUGACUACGAACGAAAGUUUGCAAGCUCAAGUGGCGACGUUGAAAGGCGGUGCCGAUUCAAAGCAAUAUAGACACAACCAGCAAUUGGAAGAGUUGAGAAAUCUUCAAGAUAAAUUGAGUGGGGAAAAGGCUGCGUGGAACGCCUUGAAAGAACAAGAAACCAAAGAAUUGGAAGAGAAGAAAGCAGAACUACAAAGAUUGCAGGAACAAAUUCGUGCCGAACAAGACGACGUCGCUCAACAAAGAGAACAGUUAUUCAGAAAAAUGGAGAUGUUAACUAACAAAGGUUUAUUGGUAAACGUACCAAUACCUCCCCCGGGUAUUGCCGACGAUAGUAGCAAAGAAACUUCUGAAGAUAGUAGUCCUCAAUCGGAUUCUUCUUCUGCAACCAGCGCUUCUGGAGGUGGUAGCAGUUUAACGCAUUCAAGUUCUUCCGUAGAUAGACGAAAAGAUUCCAAAUGGACUAAAGGAAAUUCACAAAUAAAACCUCAACUUCCUCUAAAUCUGAUAUCAGCUACGAAUCAACAAAAGGUGUCACAGAACGUACAUAUAAAACAACAAAUUCCUUUGAAGUUGGCUUCGAAGUUAAGCGGAGAUUUUUCCAAAUCGAGUUUGGGUGGUGUGCAACAGAUGUUACCAUUGAAAUUGAGCCAGGAUGAAAAAGUACGAAGAACCAGCACAUCUGGAUAUCAACGAUUAGGCUCAGAUAACAGUUUCAGUCCCCCAUCGGGAGAAACGACUCCAACUGGAACCCAACACGUUCAUAGUAGAACGGGUUCGAGUCCUGCAAUGAUGCAGGCUUCGCCGCCGAACUCAACACCUUCGAGUCAGUGUCAAAGUCCAGGAGGUGCCAAAGCGACUCGCACAAACACUUAUCCCAAACUUCCGGAUAAGUUCAAAGUUAGAAACGAUCAGCAACCGCCCACCGACGAAGAGGUGAUAUAUUUCUGACGACUCUCCAGCAGAACAAAACAUUUUUUUUGUUCCCUCAUUAAUACGAAAGUAUAGGAACUUGUUAUUAUUGUGGUUUUCUGUAUCGUUUUUAUUCUUUAUAUAUUUUACUAGAAACUUACAUUCCAGUCUCGAAUGUAUUAACAUUGUUCAACCAUUGUUUGUCGAUAAAUUCUUAGUUUCAAUUUGCUUUAAUAUAAACUCCUAGGCAAAAUUAACCCACCACUACAAUUAACCUAAAUACAUAUUUACAAAUUAAACACUACGUUACAUUGAAAUGAUAAUGAACACCUACAAAUUAGUCGAAUAUGACCUUAACAUAACUGUAAUUUGCAUUAAUUUCUCCAUAAAAGUUUGUUUUUGCUAGAAAAGCACAAAUACCUCCAAAUUGAAAAAAAAAUUAGUAAACGAGGAUUAAUGCAUAUGGGCCAAGCCCUAAUACCGUGCAGGCCCUACUCUUCUUCUUCUUAUAACUGCAUUGAUGCAUCGUGACAUGCUUGAUAUCAAAUGUUCGACAAAAGAUUGCGACAUAUUCUCCCAUGCUUCAAUAGCGACCUCUAUGAGUUUUUUGUGAUUAGAAACUAUGACUUUGAAUCCUCUUUUUGAGAUAGUUCCAUAAAUGUUCCAUAGAAUUCAUAUCCGGACUGUUAGGUGGCCACUAUAAUAAAAGGAUAUUGGCAUCAUGUGAGUAGCCAAUAAUCUUUCCAACCACUUGGGGACAGAUGCUCGACAAUAAUGUUGUCUAAGUAAUAUUGGGCAUUCAUAGACCUUGUACUUAUAGGGACCAAUUCCAUACGAGCAUAGAAGUAAAUUCCUCCACAAAACAUUUUAGAGCCACCACCAAACCUUUCUCCUUGCUUUUGCCAGACACGAUCACGUCCAUCUGGAGCUUUAAGGCUAACUUUAGUUUCAUCGGAGAACAGAACCCGUUUCCAAUCAUUGAGGGUCCAAUUCUGAUGUAGUCUUGCAAAAUUGAAUCUCGGAACUUCGUGUUCUCUAGUAAGCAAGGGUUUUUUGGCUUCAUGUAAAUAUUUUCUAACCGCUCGAGACGAUGUAUCGAUAAUUAAUUUUUUAAUAAAUUGCUGGUGACUCUCCUGCUUCUGAAAGCACGUUGUCUCAAAAAAUGAUCAACAAUUUGAUUAAUGCAACGUUUACGUCCUUUUCCUGGUCCAGCAAUAUCUCGACUCAGGAGAGUCGAUGCUCGCACUCCCUCCUCCAUUGACAAAUAUCUUUGGCAGCUCAGUUUUUUACUUGAUAUACUCCCAAUUGAACUUACAAACAUGCUUGUAAUAAAAACAAUUAUAAUCAACAACUGGUUUCUAAAAGAAACAUUGCUUCAAUCAGCACUUUUUCAGAAAAUGUUAACACACUUUUAGUCUAAAACAAGUUGGAAUUUCUGGAACUGUUGGUGAAAUUCAUACUGAACACACUGUUUACACUACCACUACACCAAACUCACAGUUACAUUGUUAAACUUCAGUUCCCUGAAGACAAUAACUUGGUUAUCGAAACGCGCGCUAGACAGUGUAAUUGUGAGUGUUGGUGUAAACAUUGUGUUCACUUAAUCUUAAACGAGAUUUAAUACGAAUGACUGUCGAAAAAAGGUUAUGUGAUAAUAUAGUCAACUUGAAUAACAACUGUCACUGUCAAACAAGGUCCAUGGCCUACUUGUCGUACAGUAAGUUAUCAAUAAAUGAAGAAUAUCGAGAAAAACAUAAGUGGUGCGUUAUGAGUUUAUCUUAGUUUAAAUGACAACCGGAUGUAGGUUUCUGUGUGAAUAUAUCGAUUCAAAUUUCUUGUAUUACUUUUGAUUAUAAAUAUUAAUAUUUAUUUAGUUUAAGGUUUUAAUAAUAUUUUAAUACAGAUCUGAACUUACUUUUUACGAUUCUCUUGUCUUUCGUAUAGUAGAUAUGUACUUUUUAUUUUCCAAAAUAGAUUUACGCAAUUUGAUAUUAAGAUUGAAGGUAUUUGAGUCAAUGUAGUAUGCGCAAACAUUAUUACAACCUAUGUGUCCGAAAUAAGAAUUUUUAUAAAAAAAACUAUAAGACACACUAUUACACAAAACACAAUUAACACUUUUUGGUCCUUCGAGUCUCAUACGAAUCAAUCAAUCAACUUAAAAACUCAAUUGACUUAAUUACCUCGAGUAAACGUAAAUCUCGUUACCGUAUACUUGCGUUUGUCUUCCUCGAAAUUCCGUUCGAAUCAGUAUUUUUGGAUAUACUCAAAUCUUGUGACAAUACAAUAUUCUAGGAUAUGAUUUCUCUCGUUUUAAAUUUUAGAUGAUUAGUAACUUUUAAAACUGAUAUUGUGAAUAUAGUACAGAUCGAAUCCAUAAAAAAUCGAAUGAAAAGAAAGGAUAACAAUCACUGAAUCAAUUCAAAGCUCUAAUAAACUCAGUGCAAUAGAUUGCAGUGAUAUUAAAUUUGAUAAUUUCCAAUUUUAUUAGGAAAAUUUUUCAUAAAUAAUCGUAAAUGGUUAAAAACAUUUUAUUUAUUUUUGAUAUAUUUGAGAUUUCAUCUUUUAGAAAUAUUUUUUCUUCUAACAGCAGCUAAUAGCCCGGGAAUGUAAAGCCGAAAAAUGUUGCUGCCACCAAGAAAUAUCCUUGGGUAGUAUGUCAACUAUCAUCGAUCAACUAUUAUAAAAAUUAUUUUAUAGGAAUACCUGCAGGGAUCAUCACCGAAUUAGAUAAACUAUGUACAAGGUUUCCUCGGGAUUAUUUAUACCAUCAAGGUAAUGCAAUCAUGGUAAAUUCACGUCGAACCAUAAACUUUACCGUUAUUAGGCACUUUAAAGUUCUCUUAUCGAUCAAUUCAUAGUUUUUAGUAAUUUAGAACCUAAUUCUUGUUCUUAACCCGAAAUGAUUUUACUCUGACACUUCGUCACUAAUACAGUAUGGAUUGCAACUAUUACACUACUUCAUUUAAUAAACUCCGUAUCUGGUACAAAGAUGACACCGCUACUACCGUACCACUUUGUUGAAAUGUGAAAAUGUUGAAAUCGAAAGACCUCGAAGUUUUUUUUAUAUCAAUUAACCUACUUUAAGGUACUUUUUGCUUAUAACUUGUGUCUGUUGCCUCCAGCAACUGGGCUAUUGUGUAUCAUAUGAUUGUUUUUGUGCUCCAAUGACCAGCGAUUUAAAAUGAUGCAUUUAAUACGAUUAUAAACCUUACUCGAAUACAGUGAGUACAAAACCUUUCUUUCCAUUCGUUAUUUUUUGUAUACCGUUGUUAAUUGUUAAUAGAUAUUAGAGAAAAAAAAAAAGAUUCCCUGUACAAAUUUCCAAACACAAUAAAACAAAAAAUGUGUGUUUGUAAAGUUGUUCGACAAAAUUUAUAUUAUAUAAAAAAUGGCCUACCAUAUUUUUGUCUUUUCUUGUGAAUGUCGUAGUUUAAAGGGAAUAUUUUUAUAAACUAUUUAUCCUUCCAACUUUUAACUGAAUCUCAACAAGUUGUGGUUUAAGUGUAAGAUAUAUUCAAAUGAUCCAGACGUGUAGAUAUCACAAUAUCAUUACAGCUACUGACAAGUGAUAUGUGGCAUGUCCACGAGAUUUAUUCAUUCACAUAUAAAUAUAUUAUGCGAGGUGUCUACAUUUUUGGAUAGUUUGUAAUGUUAAAUAUUAUUUGUCAUCGUGAGACAGUGAUAUCCAUAGUGAGGUUAACUAGAAUUAUUUACUGUAGUGAUUGUGCUCAGCAAUAUUGUAUCGGUGGCAUUAUUAAAGUGGGCAAAUCGAUAAAUUUGCGUAAAAAAUAAUAAGCAAGGGGCGAACCAAAUUAUGUUAGUGACGGAUUGAAGAACACUUCUCGAUCAAAAGUUACUGUCGGUUUUUGUUUUUAACUCACAUAUUACUGAAACUAUUUUUUUAGAAGUUGGUAGUUGCAAGAUUGUAGAUAAGUGAAAAAAUAUAUUUUAAGAAAUAAAUUCAAUUAUUACACUGUAUGAUAAUUUUUAAAGCAUUUUUGUAAAGAAAUAUUGCAAUUUUCACAAAAAAAAAACUUUUUUUUGCAGUAUCCAUAUCGAGACUGUUUUUUCUGAUAAAUUACAAGAUCAUAUCCUGAGUGUGGAACUGCACUGGUAUUUCGCCUUGUUGGACCCCGUUUUGUCUCCUUCUGGAACGAUUCCAAAAUGUUGCAGGCUAUGUUUUUUCAAAGUUCAAAUUGAUUCACUUGCUGAUCUUCUGUUGUGUCUGGCAGUGUUUUGAAUAUAAAUGUCAAUACCGUAAGCCACCAAAGGAAAGUACCAUUUUUUACCCCUUAUGGACACACGGUAAAGACAUAUUCUGAUCGCUGCGAUCAAUUCCACCCAUUAAGGAAUUAUAAACCUUUAUCAAAUUUGGUUGUGCUUUCUGAAAAAACGUUUUAUUAAAUGGUAUGGGAUUACCUAACAAAAAUUAAACGUAAUUGUCACAAUGAUAUUGUCAUGUCAAUGACAAAUCACUAUUCCCGUGUCUUUAUCGAAUCGGUAAUCAUAUUUACCUGUUGGAGCACUAAUUAGAGGACAUAUAUAUCCUCAUCCAUGCUAUGCUCGUGUUUAAAAGAAGCGUCAUAGAGAGGCCAUACUUUAGCAAACCGAUCUGAUCGGUUAUUAUCACAUAAGUGGCGAAAGCCUGUCUCUUGGAAAUUGCAUCUGCUUUUAGCUAAUUUGCAGAUGUUAGUUUUUUUAGAACAGGCUCUGAUGAUGUGUGUUAUUGAAACAGCUGCUGUUGUUUUAAGAUUACAAGAGGUAAAUCAUCUUCUUCGUUGAAAUAAGGGUCGUUUGUUCUACUUGCCUGUCAACUAUUACCUCAAAAUCGUUUCUGAGCUGACUUCCUGGUAAGUGAUUGAUUUUAGUAUUAUCCUCGUCUCCGGAGUCGCAGUCAGUGAUAUUAUAAGCGUAACAACUGAUGAAAUCUUGAUAGAAAUAUAAUUUGAUAUCCAUUACCGCCGCAACAUCUUCUAACCGAUAAAUUGAAUAAUGUAAAACAGUAUAGAAUUCUUCAUGUCUUUAAAAAGAACAGUAUAAUAUCUGGGCUAAAAAGAAGCUAUUAGCUGUUUUCCAUUUACAUUCAACUGAGACACUCGGUUAUGUGAGUAUCUUACACUCAAUAACCACAUAAAAGUCACCAUUCCAUUAGUGAUCCAACUGUCUGUUACGCACAGAAAAAGAAACGACAACUUAAAUAAUAACUGUUUUUAAUAAUUUAGUAUUGUGUACUUAGUCGCUUAUUUUGAUGACAAGAUCUGACAACGUGAUGUCCUCAACCUCACUUUCAAUCUGAGUUCACAAAACUCACUAAAGCGCACGGCCUCAAGCUUGUGCGGAUUGUUGGUAAAAACUCAGUUGGGUGAUACCUACCUACCUAUAUUACUUAACAUUUUGUUGAAGUUUGCAACAUGGAAGUUUAUAGUUUGGAAGAAUAUAGAAGAUUUUGUGACAUUUAAUACAUUUCAGUUAUGCGGGUGCUAGUGUGUACAUUAAAGUGGACUAGUACAGAUAGUACCUUGAUUGACAUGAGAGAAAAUAGUAAUGAGAUCUUUGCCCAUGGUAGAUGUAAAGCUUGUAUAUCUGGGCCACUACAGGUUACACCGGUGUCUGUGACAUAAUUAAUGAAUACCAAAAACAGAA